AUACAGUCAUUUAAUGCAUUCUUGGGGCAAGGACCCUUUAGAGAAUUGACAGAAGCUGUGCAUUCUUUACUUGCAUAACAGGACAGGAUACAGGGAAUUGUCUGUACAAGACACAGCAAGUCCUUUGGGAAUGAGGGGGGCAUGGAGGGUCAGUGACCUGUGCCCUCUCCAGCUCUCAGAUCUGGCUCGAGAGCACUAUGGCUAAGGUGGAACAGGCUGCCGCCCGGCUUCCCAGCCUCAGCAACCGACUCAGCUAUGCUGUCCGCAAGGUCCACACCAUUCAGGGCCUGAUGGCUCGAAAACUUGCUGUUGCUCAGUUGCGCCAGGAGAGCUGUCCCCUACCCCCACCCGCCACAGACGUGAGCCUUGAGUUGCAGCAGCUUCGUGAAGAACGGAACCGCCUGGAUGCAGAACUGCAGCUGAGUGCCCGCCUCAUCCAGCAGGAGGUGGGCCGGGCCCGGGAGCAAGGGGAGGCAGAGCGCCAGCAGCUGAGCAAGGUGGCCCAGCAGCUGGAGCAGGAGCUGCAGCAGACCCAGGAGUCCCUGGCUAACUUGGGGCUGCAGCUGGACGUGGCACGCCAGGGCCAGCAGGAGAGCACAAAGGAGGCUGCCAGUCUGCGGCAGGAGCUGACCCAGCAGCAGGAACUCUACGGGCAAGCCCUGCAAGAGAAGGUGGCUGAAGUGGAAACUCGGCUUCGGGAGCAACUCUCAGACACAGAGAGGAGGCUGAACGAGGCUCGGAGGGAGCAUGCCAAGGCCGUGGUCUCCUUGCGCCAGAUCCAGCGCAAAGCUGCCCAGGAAAAGGAGCGGAGCCAGGAGCUCAGGCGUCUGCAGGAGGAGGCCCGGAAGGAGGAGGGGCAGCGACUGGCCCGGCGCCUGCAGGAGCUAGAGAGGGAUAAGAACCUCAUGCUGGCCACCUUGCAGCAGGAAGGUCUCCUCUCCCAUUACAAGCAGCAGCGACUAUUGGCAGUUCUUCCUUCCCUACUGGAUAAGAAGAAAUCUGUGGUGUCCAGCAGCAGGCCUCUAGGGUGUUCAGCAUCUGUACCUGUAGCAGCAGCAGUGCCCACCAGGGAGUCUAUAAAAGGGUCCCUCUCUGUCCUACUCGAUGACCUGCAGGGCCUGAGUGAGGCCAUUUCCAAAGAGGAAGCUAUUUGUCAAGGACACAACCUCGACAGAUGCUCCAGCUCCAACCCACAGAUGAGCAGCUAAGCAGCUGAGAACUGGAGGGAAAGCCAGCCUGGGGGCUGGAAGGAUCCUGGAGAAGUGGGUAGGGACAGACUAUCCCUUCCUCAGCCAGCAGGCCUGCCCUGGGGGAUGUAGCUGAGUCUGAAUUCUGCUCUAAAUAAAGAUAACUACAGUAGGA